CCUUUAUCACAUGACGUUUUGCUUUUGUUUGUUUGUUUAAGUUUCGCUGCACUGUUUUGGGCUGUAGUUGCACUUUUAAAGAUUACUUCAAUAGAAUGCAUAGGUCUCUGCAUAAUACUGUUGUUAUUGUGAUUCUGCUUUUAAAUGUACAAAGCUUUCAAACUGCGCAAUCUUCAGUUAACGACAAUGCAAAAGCUUUGUUAUCAUGGACAAGUUCAAUCAAUUUGCUCAUUGAUGAAAUUAAGAACAUAACAUUUGUUGCUUCAUGCAAUCUGACUGAUGAUGCUAUCUUGUUGUUAAAUGUUUCCCAUGUUCAUACAUCGAAGAAAAAUGAAUUGCCUGCUAAUUUCACACACCAGGUAAAUUUAGCAAACAACACAAACAGUGCUGCUCUUCCUGUGAAAGGUGUGGCCGUUGGACAAAUUGUGGUUAAAGUAAACACUAGUACGGAUCAACUAAGUUUACCAAGUGACAACAAGUUCAGGAUAUACGUUGUUCACAGUCAUACAUUGGUUAUUGUUAACACUGUGAUUGGAUGGCUGUAUUUUGUAGCUUGGUCAGUUUCCUUUUAUCCACAAACCAUUCUCAACUACCAGAGAAAAAGUGUUGUAGGUUUGAACUUUGACUACAUAGUGUACAACAUCACUGGCUUCCUUGCGUAUGGAUUUUACAAUAUUGGUCUGUUUUGGAUUCCAGUCGUGAAGGAAGAAUACCUAAAGAUGUAUCCAGAUGGAGUAAAUCCUGUGCAAGCAAACGAUGUUUUCUUUACCCUACAUGCAGUGGUGUUAACCGCUAUUGUUAUCAUGCAGUGCUUUAUUUAUGAGCGCGGCGGACAAAAAGUUUCAAUCAUUGCCACUGUUCUCUUAUCCCUGGCAUGGACAGCCAUGUUUGUUCUAUUAUUUGUUGCAGUAGCCGGUAAAAUAACGUGGCUCGUAUAUCUCAUGGUCUUCUCAUAUUUAAAGCUGGGCGUUACUCUGAUUAAAUAUAUACCUCAGGUAUACAUGAACUUUCGAAGGAAAAGUACUGAAGGUUGGAGUAUUGGGAAUGUGCUGCUGGAUUUUACUGGUGGUUCGCUUAGCAUUCUUCAAAUGUUCCUACAAUCUUACAAUAAUGAUGAAUGGGAUCUAGUGUUUGGCGAUCCAACUAAAUUUGGUCUUGGUGUCUUUUCAAUUUUCUUUGACAUCGUUUUUAUGAUUCAACAUUAUGUUUUGUACCGACCAAGGAAAAAUGGUUUUGAAAUUCUUGCGCCAGAUAUUGUGACAGCUGAGGAAUCAUCCGGAAAAUGUUUUUCAUAGGUCAAUGUUGAAUAAUAUUUGCGCUAAUUGUUUGUUCUACUAUUACUUUAGAAACAAAAUGUAUAGUUAUACCAUAGAUGUCUAAAUAUCCAUGGUUGUACGUUAUUUCCUAUAUAGACCAAGGACAAUGGUUUUAAGAGUCUUUUAUCAGAUAUUGUGACCAAACUAUUUUAUUCUAUGUGGGUGAGAGCCAACAGCCUGCUAAAGGUUCUAUGAUUUAGGCCAAGUUUGGCCCAUUUCCCUAUUGUGAUCAACUAAUUUUAUUAGUGAUUUUAUGGUUUAAUAUACACAUACAGAAUAACCUCAACAUAUUUUUAAAUGGUUACCAGUGUUAGUUUUAUCUGUUGUGUGACACUUAGGCAAAGUUUCUCAAUUUGCCUCAGCUAUAUUUUAAUUUUUUUUUAAAUUUGUGUGGUUGAUCAUUACUUAAAAAGUUUUCAAUUUUUAUGAAUUGUCAUAUUGUAGCUUUUAUUGAUCUGUUUUUCAAGUGCUUUACUGUCGAUAUUAUGUUGCCUUGUUGUUGAGUAUUCACCAUGCGAAUAAAUGCAAUGUUUUUAAUAUUGUUACCUUAUCACACUGAUGAUUUAAUAAACAUGCUGAGUUGAAAAAUUUAAGAUCAAAAUCAAACUGCAAAUAUUUGACAUAUUGCUAGGUUGAUUAUAUUUUAUCCUAAGUUUUCGUUUUGUUAUUACAUUGUAAACAAAAUGUAAAUUUACACAUUGUGAAACAGCUUCGGUGUAUAACAAAGAAUUUCUGUAGGA